AUGUCUCCACUUCCCAAACUUCAAUCUCAUAUCCCACACCAUCGAGUGGAUGCAUUGUGGGAUUCGAAUGCCGAUAAAUAUCGUGUCGCGUGUCGAUCGGUUCAUGUAACAAAGGGCACUCUCUACAUUGGAUAUGCCCAAAUGGCGAUUAUCACCGUUUUCUCGUUGUGUCUUUUGUUCUUCUACGGACAAGCAUUGCAUGGAAAUCUUCCCACAGAACACUGGGCUGCCGCGGCGGGAUCUCGUUAUUUAACCUCUCUCCUCACGGCUGUUUCCCUCCAAAUGGCGCUCGUUUUGAUGUUACUUCACGGUGUUCGCACGGAGAAGAGAUCUUUCCUCCUUCCAUUCAUCGUUUUUGCCUGUUUCGCUCUUUUCGUCGCCUUUGCACAGAUUUUCGCUGACGUGAUGGCUGCAUCACAGCACCGAGGCGGUGGAUCUGUUUACCAAUUGAUCUCACAUUUGAUUGGAAUGAUGGUUCAUGUUUGGUGUGUGGCUGUUGUGUGGAGAUGCUAUUGCUAUCUCGGAGACAAAAAGGUGGCUGAACACAUUGGUGCCCAAUUGGAGGCAACGCAGCCAGCUUUUGCCUGUGAAUAUUCUCUUCCUCCGCCAUACGCUGACAGUGUUGAGAAGCGUGGACAACGGACAACUGGACAACCGGACAACGGUCAAGACGACGAAAUGUACAAUGAAGACUUUAGUCAAGGCGACGAAAUGUACAAUGAAGACUUUUCGAUUGGAAGCGAAGCAGAGCAACGACUUCGUACCUACAAGGACUUUUCAAAAGAAAACAAAAGCUUCCAGAACGAUUCGGGAUUCAAUCAGUUGCAAGAAAAUUCCUGGGAACGGACCCCAAACAAGUUUAUUAUCCAUGAAGAGAAAACACUCGAGGAGCACGCUUACGGAUCAAAGCAAGAUGAAUCAAUGGUCAGCAAGAUUAUGUCAACACCGCAGACUGUUGUGAAUGGACGACGGAUGGAUAGGCACUCGUUGAAGAGAAAUCUCGAUCAACAAUUUGCUGGUGUACCAGCAAUUCCAUGUCAACGGCUGGAUGACGAUCUACCGAGCCCAUCGUACAAUGAUGCCUCAAUGAACACUUCGAUGAGUGAAGUCGAAGUUUUGAUUUACAACAUGCGCCAGAGGGUGCCACGAAAAAAGGUGGACUUUAGGGAGGAUAUAACGAAUCGACAUUCAAAGACCGUUACGUCGAUGAAUCAUGUUGAGCCUCAACGUCGCCCCAUUGAAACGCGAAGUGCAACUAUUUCACGACAUAUUCCAAGAGAAUUCGACACAGGAGAUGCAAGUGUUCCGAAGCGAAUUCGCCAAGAAACGAACGAUUUGAACAUUUUGCAUCGGAAAAUUGUCGAAGAUAAGCCGAUUGUGCAGACAACUAAAUUAUCAAGAGAUCCGUCUCCGGCAUCAACUUGUUCAACUACGACUGAAACAAGCACGACGAAGCACGCGUUGAACAUUAAGCCGAGCACUUUACAAUUUGGAUUCGUGGAAGUUAACACGGCUGUCACUUUGAGAGUUACCAUCAGAAACACUUCCAAGGAAAGCAUUGAAAUCGAUCCAAGUCUGAAAAGGAACACACCUGAAUUCAAGUUGAGCAGUGCGAAACGCAUUCUGCAUGCUGGUGAAACGUAUGAUUUGGAAGUCACCUUCAAUCCCGUUGGAAAAGAUGGCCGAAUGGGAAAUCGUUUGGUUUUCUACGAUUCGAUCCUUAUCAAGAUCUCACGACCUGAGCCGAUGAUAUUUAAAAUUCCCGUGCAUGCUUGUGCAAAAGUGGCUCAGCUGUCUAUCUUUGCUGGACAAACGCCACUGAAUAUGCGAAAGAAUGGGGACUUCAUCCUUAAAGUUGCCAAUUUGGAGCAAUUCUCGCUUACACUACAAGCAACUCAAAGAGCCGCUUUUGCUGUCAUUGAUGUCAUUGAUGUAUUGGACAAUCCUCUUGAAUGCCAAGUCAAUCCAUCAAAGAGGAUACUGUUGCAGAAAAAUCAGAGACAAAAUGUUCAUGUGAUGGUAAAUGAUACGAUUCGAGCUACUUCAUCACUUUCAAACUCGAGUAGUUCCAUCAAUACGUGCUCAAAUGGGCCGGCUUUCUUUGUGCGAAUUGUUUGGGCGGAAUUGAUUUCGCUGCAACGAGCAAUAAUUUAUGCUAGAAAAAAGAGCAAAACCAUUGUUCUUGAGGGCAGCAUUGGAAAUAUUCAAGAAGAGUUCUUUGGAAAGGCGACUCCAUAUGAAGCGCCAAUUGAAUGGCCAAUUUCAAGCUGCGAUGUUGAACUACUGAAGCGUUCACUUAGGUCAACAAAGAUCUUUGUUAGCACUGAUAGAAUUGUUGCCCAGACACAGUCAGUCUUUGAUCUCACUAUCAAUCAGACGGCUCAACCAUGGGAUUUAGAUCAAACUUUCAACUCGACAUUUUCAAGAACGAUAAUUCCUGACCCAGAUGCCACGUUAACACUA